AUGGCUGCGGCGCCGGGGCUGCUCCUCUGGCUGCUCCUGCUCGGGCCGCCCGGGCGGGCGCGGGGCCAGCAGGAUCCGGGCCCCGGCCGGCGCUUCUCGGAGCACAAACUCUGCGCGGACCCUGAAUGCAGCAUGUUAAUGUACCGGGGUGAGGCUUUAGAAGAUUUUACAGGACCGGAUUGUCGUUUUGUGAAUUUUAAAAAAGGUGACCCUAUUUAUGUCUAUUAUAAACUGGAGGGAAGAUGGCCUGAAGUUUGGGCUGGAAGUGUGGGGCGUACUUUUGGAUAUUUUCCAAAGGAUUUAAUCCAAGUUGUCCACAAAUAUACUAAAGAAGAAUUACAAGUUCCAGCAGAUGAGACAGAUUUUGUUUGUUUUGAUGGAGAAAGAGAUGAUUUUGAUAAUUAUAAUGUAGAAGAACUGUUAAGAUUUUUGGAAUUGCACGAUUCCACAACUGGAGAUUCUGAGAAAACUGUAGAAAAAUCUCAGCUUGUGGGAAAAUCUCCUGAAGUAUCUGAGGAAAGUGACCCCGAUCCUGAACUAGAAGACUUCAACUCAGAGGAAAGCGAAAGUCUCUUCUUAGAAAACAAUAAAGAACUCAAGGACAGACAUGAGGGCCAAAUGAAACAGCCCCACGUCAACGGUCAGACCCAUCCCACUCAGGGAGAGAGGUCUGCAUUUGAGCCCUUUGAAAAAAUUCUGCACGAGCAAUUAAAAGUGCCAGAAAGUGAAAACAACAAAACUAGCAAUAGUUCUCCAAUCUCAGCUGAACAGGAGAAGAUUGAUGCUUACAAACUUUUGAAAACAGAAAUGACUCUGGACUUGAAAACCAAAUUUGCCUCAACUGCUGAUGCCUUGGUCUCUGAUGAUGAGACAACCAGACUGGUUACUUCAUUAGAAGACGAUUUUGAUGAGGAAUUGGAUGCCGAAUAUUAUACAGUUGGGAAGGAAGAAGAGGAGAGUCAGGAAGACUUUGAUGAGCUACCAUUGCUAACCUUUACACAUGGAGAAGAUAAGGAAAUUUCAGGGAAACCAGGAAUAGAGAAACACUCAACAGAUAAAGAGCAGAAUCCAAGCCAGGGGGAUGCGGUUAGGGAAACUCAGCUCCCCGGCAUCAAAAAUGACCUUAAACAUAUUUUGACAACCUGGGAGGAGGACACUAUUUUCUCUGUUGCUACAGGGGGUAAAGACAAAACAGAUACAUUUUCUGAGCAUUCUAAUACAGAGGCAGGAAAGGAAGGGGCUGAUGAGAGCAAAUGGGGAAAGCCAUCAUCAGCAAGAGAUGACAUUGACCCUGAAGAGGCAGGAGAUGCUCUUUUGGUUGCAGAAGUCUCUAAGACAGAUAAUGACAAGGAACCAGAAGCAGACAAACAAAUCCAUGCUGAAGGAAAAGAAAAGAAAGUAGAAUCCAAGAGGAGCCUCGUGGAAGAUCAGACAGAGGCUGAAAAGCAAGAAGGUGUGACCAGGCCCCAUUUGACUCAAAGCAGCAACCAAAACACUUUGCCAGCCUCUGGAAAGGGUCAAGAAACAUUAAAAUCAGCCUUUGAUAAUAAAGAAAGUGAUCCCAAAGUAGCAGUUGUUCAAAUCUCAAAAGAAAUGCUCGGGGCAGAAAAGCCUGGGGAGCAGAUUCUGGGAGGGGACUCAGAAAGCAAAUUGGCACCCCCGGCCACAGGGAAGCAACUGGACGGAGAAAAGGUGAAACAGGAAUCCAUGGAUGUUGCACCGCCUGGGGGAGAUAAUCAGCACAAUAUAUCCCAAAACCUUGUGCAGGAAGUCGCUGUGGCUGGAAGUGGGUCGAAAACACACCCGCUUUCAGUGGAGCAUCCAGGUGAGGCAUUUCAAGAAGAACGGCUUCUGCAAACCCAAAAUCAACCCCGCUUCUCCUCUCCAGAUGAAAUUAGCUUGCCAAGAGAGCUGGAAGAGGAGGUUCCCAUUUGGGGACGAAAUCUUUCCAGACAUCAGGAAAGAGAGGUGGCUGCUGCAGCUAAUAAGCACAUAGAUGAGAAGAUGAGUCACUCAAGGGACGAGGUGAGAGAAGAGGCCACUGAUGAAGAGUCUGUUCUUCACAGUCCAGUGCCCGGUACAUGGGCUGGAGUGGCUGCAGGCCUCACUGUGGGCGUAGGAGUGCCAGGGCUCCCUCCUGAGGAACCAGGGGCAGAAGAUGAUGACCCCUCUGAAGAACUCCUGGAGGAUGAAAAUGCUGUAAGCGCAAAGCAGGCCCAAGCAAAACCCCCUGAAGUGCAGGACAGUCUGUUAGCUGCCAACCCGCAAGUCCCUGAAGGAGCUGCUUUAGGCACUGUUGACGCUGAUCCAGAAACUAAAGAAAUCAAAGAAACUAAUGUGAUUCUGGAAAGGGAAAGAAAAAGUGAAACUGGGGACAAAGGUACAGAACCAGCAGGCAGAGGCCUGGGGAGUAUUGUGCCUGAAAAAGGAAGUCCUUUUGUGGGUGAGGAAGCCCAGAACCCCCCUGAAAUAAGUGACUCUCCUGACAUGAAGAAAAAUCGGACGCCGGGGUUAGGGGAAAUGCUUAAGGAUAAAGACUCUGCUUAUCUUGAAGAUGACGACCGCCAGGACCUCCCGAAGAACUCCAGGCUCUCCCAGAAGCCUGGGCCAGAAGAACUCUCAAAGGAGGGCCAGAAGGACUCAGAGGAGAAGUUGAUGGGCACAGAAAGCCAGGGAUCUGCUUCUGAGGGCCAUGAGGAGGACCUGCCACCCUGGACCCCACAUGCAGAAGCAACGGCAGAGCAUAGUGACAGCAUGAAAGACUUGCCCAUAAUAAACAGCUUCUUUAAAGACCAGCAGUCUUUGCAGAGGUUCCAGAAGUACUUUGAUGUCCAAGAGCUAGAAGCCAUGUUUCGAGAAAUGUCACUAAAGCUGAAGGAAGCACAACAGGACAGCCUGCCUUAUAAUGUGGACAAAGUCCUAGACAAGGUCUUUCGGGCUUCCGAGUCACACAUCCUAAGUGUAGCAGAGAAGAUGCUUGAUGCUCGUGUCACGGAAAAUGGAGACCUAGGAAUGAAGGACAAUAUCAUAUUUGAAGAGGCGGCUGUGCUCGAUGAUAUUCAGGACCUGAUCUACUUUGUCAGGUACAAACACUCCACAGUGGAGGAGACGGUGCCACUGGGAACACCACAGCCUCCAGAAGAUGAAUGGGGUGGACCCCUGGAAGAGCUCCAACCACCACUUGAAGAUAACGUCCCACACGAUAAAACAGAAGGACUUAAUAUGCAGAUUCCCGGGGAGCCCAGCCAUUGGGAUCAACCAGUGACUAGUGACACUGGGACCUCAGAAGUGUCACAGAAGCCAAAAACUGAGACCGAAGUAGACCCAGGGAUAAUUAGAACAGAGGCCACACCCAUCAUUGAUGCAAAAGAGCAGCCAGAAGCAAUUGCCGAGGAGCCGGCCAGUGGCACACUUUUGGAAAAUGCAGUCCUUUUAUUAUCUUCAUUCAUAUUUUAUUUAACCAAGAUGCUGGUUGCUAAGUUGCCUGAUGAUGUUCAGCCUGGGCCUGAUUUUUAUGGACUGCCGUGGAAGCCUGUUCUCAUGACAGUCUUUUUGGGAAUUGUUUCAUUUUCUAUUUUCUUCUGGAGAACUGUUCUUGUUGUAAAGAGUAGAGUAUAUCAAGUCACUGAACAGCAGAUAUCUGAGAAAGUGAAGAAUAUCAAGAAAGAAAACGCAGAACUUGUACAAAAGUUAUUAGAUUAUGAACAGAAGAUCAAGGAAUCAAAGAAGCAUGUCCAGGAAACCAAAAAACAAAACACUAUUCUAUCAGAUGAAGCAGUUAAAUUUAAGAAUAAAAUCAAGACACUUGAAGAAAGUAAAGAAGCUCUGGAUGACACAGCUAAAAGUCUGCGUGUUAUGUUAGAAUCUGAGAGAGAAGAAAAUGCAAAGAAUAAGGACUUGAUUCUGGAAAACAAGAAAUCUAUAGAGAAGUUAAAGGAUGUUAUUUCAAUGAAUGCCUCAGAAUUAUCAGAGGUUCAAAUUGCUCUUAAUGAGGCAAAACUAAGUGAAGAGAAGGUGAAAUCGGAAUGCCACCGAGUUCAGGAAGAAAAUGCUAAGCUUAAAAAGAAGAAAGAGCAGUUGCAGCAAGAAGUAAACAACUGGAGUAAAUCUCAUUCUGAACUCAGUGAGCAAAUCAAAUCAUUUGAGAGAUCUCAGAAAGAUUUGGAAGUAACUCUCACUCAUAAGGAUGAUAAUAUUAGUGCUUUGACUAAUUGCAUUACACAGUUAUAUCGGUUAGAUAGUGAAUCUGAACCUGAGGGUCAAACUAAAGGAGGAAAUGACUUAGAUGAAUUAGCAAAUGGAGAAGUGGCAGGUGAUCCAAGUGAGAAAAUGAAAGCCCAUAUCAAGCAACUGAUGGAUGUUUCUCGGACACAAACUGCUUUAUCAGUAGUUGACGAGGAUCUGAAAAUUUUACAGUGUAAACUAAGAGCCUCGAUGUCCACUAAAUGUGUCCUGGAAGAUGAAAUAAAGAAACUGGAAGAUGAUCGCAACUCUCUGCAGUCUGUCAAAGCUGGACUGGAGGAUGAAUGCAAAACCCUGAGGCAAAAGGUGGAGAUUCUGAAUGAACUCUACCAGCAGAAGGAGAUGGCUCUGCAAAAGAAGUUGAGUCAAGAAGAGUAUGAACGUCAAGAGAGAGAGCAACGGCUCUCAGCUGCAGAUGAGAAGGCAGUUUUGGCUGCAGAGGAAGUAAAAACUUACAAACGGAGAAUUGAAGAAAUGGAGGAAGAAUUACAGAAAACUGAGCGCUCAUUUAAAAACCAGAUAGCUACUCAUGAGAAGAAAGCUCAUGAUAACUGGCUCAAAGCUCGUGCUGCAGAGCGCGCUAUGGCUGAAGAGAAAAGGGAAGCUGCUAACUUAAGACACAAAUUAUUGGAAGUAACCCAAAAGAUGGCAAUGCUGCAAGAAGAACCUGUGAUUGUAAAACCUAUGCCAGGAAGGCCCAUUAUACAGAACCCUCCUCGGAGAGGUCCUUUCAGCCGUAACGGCUCUUUUGGCCCAUCUCCCGUGAGCGGUGGGGAGUGCUCCCCUCCACUGACAGCUGACUCACCUGCUAGACCGCUCUCUGCUACACUUGGUCCAAGGGAGGUGCCUCCAGGUGAAUUUGAUCCGGAGUCUGGCGCAGCUCCCAUGAUGAACAGCAACUCAAGAGGCUCUUCACCUAGUAAGGUGCUGGAUGAGGGCAAGCAAACUGUGCCCCAAGAGUCUGAAGGCCCUUCUGUUCCCAGCAUUCCAACCUUGCCUGAGCAUCCAGUAGCAGUUAACGUGGCUGCAAAAGGCCCACCUCCUUUUCCAGGGGCGGUACCCUACAUGAGCACCCCCAUGGGAGGCCCUAUUCCACCACCACCCAUUCGCUAUGGACCACCUCCUGCAUUCUGUGGGCCUUUUGGGCCACGACCACUUCCUCCACCAUUUGGUCCUGGUAUGCGUCCACCUCUAGGACCCAGGGAGUAUGUACCAGGCAUUCCACCGGGAAAAAUGCCUUUUGAUCCUCGAGAGUUUGCACCAGGACACCCACCUUUUAGACCUUUGGGUCCUCCUGGCCCGAGAGAGUAUUUUAUUCCUGGUCCCCGAAUGCCACCCCCAGCCCCUGGACCCCAGGAUUAUCCACCUCCACCUGCUGCAAGAGACUUCUUGCCUUCCGGCUCUAGAGACCAGCCCCCUCCUGCCUCUUGGAGCAGUAGCCAGGACUGUUCGCAGACUUUCAAACAGGGCCCAUAACUCUGACGUUUAGUCGGAGAAGAAAGCAGACUGUGUACUACUCAUAACAGUCAAAGAUUUCAUUGGCUUUAAAAUCAAAAAUUUCCUUUAAAAGGUUUAUUUUCAGACAUAAGCUGCCCUGGCAGUAUGCAUUUUUGAGCCAAACAAUUAAAAAUAUUAUUUCCCCCCAAAUAAAAAUCACCUCAUAAGCUAGAGCCUCCUUAUAACUUUAAAAUGUGCAAUAAAGAAUACCUGUGUUUUAGUUGAUGUAGCAUAUGUAACUGCUAAAUGAUUUAGAGUGUCAUGAAAAAUAUGAACAUUUCCUGUGGAAAUGCUUUAAGAACAUGUAUUUCCAUUUACUGUCCUAUUUUUAGUGUACACCAGUGAAUACAGAGCAAUGGUGUUUAUAAGCUUGAUUUUUUAAAAAAAACCUGGUUGCAAAGACUGUUACACUAAAAAAUGUUUACUAAAAGAUCACUAAACUUUAUCUCCCCUCUUGCAGAAGUUCUUUGUAGUAAUAGUUCAUAAAAAUUUGGUGGUUAUUUCCCAAGUGUCCGUUGAUUCAUUGGAUUGUUUUCUAAUGAGAUUUGGACCAUUUUGGAAAUGUGUGAAUUCGGGCUCCCAGGACUGAAGAUGCCGACGUUGGUAGCAAGCUCCCUGGUGCUCCCUGCUCAGGAGGGGCAGUGGCCAAGUCACCUGCCAGGGCCAUGAUGAUGCCUUCUUCAGAGAGGCCAUGGGUCCCUUUUACGUGUGCUUUCUUGUGACUUUACUGCCUUGUCUUCUAUACCUUGUCAGUGGUUUUUCAAGGAACAUGGCCAGAAAGAUGAAUAUAAUAGCAUGAGGAAGGUUGAUUGAGGACUGAAGUCUUCUGAUAGGACCCAGGCCACCAACCAUACCUCAAAUAUAAAAAUCACUAUAUCUAAGAAUCUGGGAUUACACUAUUUCUUCUAUUACUACACAUCUUUUCAAGUAUUUCUAAGAACUAAUUCAACCAAACAUUUUUUAGUAACUUUAUAUAGCACAUUUUAAGAAUGUCAUGAUUUAGAUAAAAUCAAAAUUAUAAAAAGCUGGUCGUCUUCUUCAUUGUUAUUCUUAGACUGUCUUCUCCCAUUCUCUGCAAUCUUGUAACAUCGUUGAGACCUGCCUAGAACAUGACUUGUCACUGUUUAAAUGUGAUUCAGUAAGAAUAAUCCUUUAAAGACAAACAAAGGCUUCAUUGUGAAACUUUCUUUUAUGCUAAAAGAUACCAAUUUAUAAAGACCUUUGAAAGAACACUUUCAAAAUUCAUAAGGUGUAAGAGUCCAUUAAGGAAAAGAAAGUUCCAUUUGUAAUAUAUCGUUCUGUAUCAAGAACAGAAGAUAUUUAAGGGGAAAAUGCAGUACUUCAUAGCAUAGGUUAUUUUUAACCAAAGAAGAUAGGUUAAUUCACAAAUACAACUUUUGAAUAUAUCUCUUGAGGACACAAAAUGGUGAAGUUAAAUAAUUUCUAAUUUUAACUAGCAUUUACAUAUAGAUUACACCAGUUAGGAAGAGCAAGUGAAGAAGGUACACCUAUUUUUAGAAUCAAAGCUGAUGUCUUUACCUUUGUUUAUUCCAUAUCUCACACUGA